UGUAUAGUUAGUUAGUCGGAUCCGAUGGGAACCAAGCCUUGUUUGCAGCUGAGAAAAAAGGCUGGCGUCCUAAUCCAUCCCAUAUCGAAGCGUAUGUAGUAGGUUUUCUUCCUCUUUCCUUCCUGUCUUUCGAAGCGCAUCGAUGGGGUGGACGAGCAGCCGGGUCUCCUACAUCGCCUCUCGCGUAUAUUUCGUCCUCAUCAUCUUCCAAAUCCCUCUGUUCAGGGUCCCAUGCAGAUCAGGGAUGUGUACAACACCAAUACAAGUGACAUCUUCACAAUUAAUUGCAAAUGAAAUAUUUCCUCCAUUUAUUGUGAAGGCUCUCCUCUACCCUGGAGCUAUAGUGAAUGGUCUCCUCACAAACAUGACGUUCCCAAGCUGGGACAAUGUGCUUCACAUGUACAACCUGACAGAGGCUAAAAAUGCCUCAGCAAUAGUUGAUCUUCAGCGUCUAGAGGUUCUUGCUGGAAGCUACUUCUCUGUUGCAGGUGCCUUCGUAGGUCUCAUAAAUCCCGGGAGAAUGACCCUGUUUGGGACUCUUUUAGUCGUCUGGGGCCUUGUAAAAGAAGGGAUUCUUGGAAAACCCGUGAACACUGAUCCAACAAAAGCUGUUUAUGUCUACCCAACAAUUGUUGUUGCGCUAAUAUGUGCCUUUUCAUCAAUAAGGUACAAUGUGAAGAAGUCAGUCAGAAGUGGUCAGGCUGCCCCUGUUGCAAAGCCACUGAAGAGCUCGGCCAAGUCAAAACUGAAAUAGAUGAUGUACAAGGAAGAACCGCUCUUUCCAUCUGGGGAAAGAAGAAAAAAAGGGGUGUGGAGAAUGGUUUUUGUUCGAUUGCAUCGGAUUAUUUUGAUUUUGAUCGGCAAGAAGCCAAUUACAGAACUUGUUACGGUGCUGUACUAGUGUGCUCUUUAUGACACAGGAGAUGACACAAAUUUCAUUGUGUGAUUUUGAGCAAUUAAACUCGGUGCUUGUCGUAUUUACACAGGUUACAAUGACGAUAUGCUGGCUUUUGGAGCGAGCAGUUAACCAUUAUCAUUUCUGAGAA